AAUGAAUGUGUUGUAAGGUCUGGGCACAUCGAGAGUUGCUCCGUCUCUCAGUAACAAGUCUCUUGGAAUUACUGGAAUUAAAAAAAUAUAUUCAACAUGAAGAUCUCAAUCAUAUUCGUAUUGGCUAUGGCUUUCUUCGGUAUGCUGCUUGGUGGUGCUCAAGCUGCUCCUGCACCUGACCCGAAGCUGCCCAGCGGUAAAACUAUCAAGAAGGUCGGGAAGGCUAUUAAAACUGGCUUUGGUAUUUUGAGCGCAGCAGGCACAGCUCACGAAGUAUACACCAAUCUCAAAAAUAGAAACAACAAUUAAUUUUUAUUAUAUUAAUAAUGUAUUUAUUUAUUGUUAUAUUCCGUGAAAAUUCAAGUAUUUCUUUAAGGCAGCUUUGCAAAAUGAACAAGAGGCAUAGUUAUAAUUAAAUUAAUUAGUUCUUUAUUUACCAAAGAUAGCAAAUAUUCAUACGGUUAACGUCGUA